GGGGCGUUGCACUUUGGCGGCCUGGCAACGCCGUCAGCUGAUGGACUGAAAAUUGUUGCUGCUUGCGCGAAUGUAUUUUUAAAAUAAAAGCCAUCGAGAUCGGAGAACACGGUAUCCGGGAGGAGGAUGGCCAGCAAGCAGGAGAGCCGCCUGUGCGCCCUCACCUUCUUCGCGAAACUGCAUCCGGGCGAUGUGUGCGGCAGCAAUGGACUCCCGCUGACGCCCAACUCGAUUGCGAUUCUGGGCAGGGCGCAGAAGUUAAAGGACUUACAGGACGAGCACUUGUGCCAGUACCUGGACGUGAUACGCGGCAAGCAUGAACGCACCAUUGUGGUCUCCGAGUUCAUGGGACUCUCUCUGGAGGAUUACGCGAAGCGGCAGCAUCCCCUGGCCUUGGGUCAGAUCCUGCGCAUCUUCUACCAAGUCGUCCGCGGCAUCGAUGUCCUCAGUCGGCACCACCUGGUCGCCCACAACCUCGAGCCCAAGCACAUUCUCAUCUCCCGGGACGGCCGGCAGGUGAAGCUCUUCAACUACGGCCUCCAUCACAUGACCAAGGGCGGCUGCUACGUGCCCUUCCCCAUCGGCAACAUCCGGUACAUGGCCCCGGAGCGCGUGCUCGGCCUGAACGGCAAUAUUAAGAGCGAUGUCUGGGCUCUGGCCCUCCUCGUGGUGGAGCUGAUCUUCCAAAUCGAACUCUGGCCGAAGCUGAAGCUUUCGAAUGUGAUUCGGAAGAUCCUGGCCUUUGGCCGGAGCAACGGUGUGCUGGAGAAGAUUGCCCGGGAGCACCAGUGCUACGAUCGUUACACGGCGUUGGACAAGGAGCUGCGCCAGCUCCUGGAGAGCUGCCUGCAUGUGCUGCCGAAGAAACGUCCGCUGCCGGGGGAGCUGCUGAAGCACCCGCUCUUCGAGGCGAUUGCCUCCGAGAUGAGCAAGGAGAACGAGCUGCUGGAGUCGCUGGAGAAGGAUCCGGUGCCGUUGUUGAUGCGCUGCCCGCUCUCGCAGAUCUACCACCUGUGGCAGCUGGCCGGCGGCGAUGUCCAGGCGGAGCUGAAGAAGGAGGGACUCAUCCGGAGCGAGGCUCCGAUCCUGGGCCUGCCGCAGAUCGUCCGCCUCAGCGGGGUGAGCGUCUGUCCGGGACGGAGUCAGGCGCAGCUGAUGGACGACCGGGUGGUGCCGCUGCGCCUGCAGGCUCUGCUCCAGCGGCUGAGUCGCCUGCCGGCGAAUGUCUACUUUCCGCUGCUGCACUCGCCGCGCUUUCCCGCCCAAAACGCCCGCGAACUCCAGGCCCUGCCGUUGGUGAUUCGCGAGAAGGACAUCGAGUACCAGUUCCAGCGAGUGCGCCUCUUCACCCGCCUCCUCCAGGGGCAUCCGCACACGGCCGAGCAGCUGCAGCGCGAGGCGCUGGUGGAUGUCCCGCCGCUACUCCGUGGCCCGAUUUGGGCGGCCCUGCUGGAGGUGGUGCCCAAUGGGAGCUACUGGAAGAUCGACAAGUACACGGCCACCAGCACCGACCGCCAGAUCGAGGUGGAUAUCCCGCGGUGUCAUCAGUACGAUGAGCUGCUCUCCUCCCCGGACGGCCAUCGGAAGCUGCGCCGGUUGCUGAAGGCCUGGGUGACGGCCCAUCCCCAAUACGUCUACUGGCAGGGCCUGGACUCGCUGACGGCGCCGUUCCUCUAUCUAAACUUUAACAACGAAGAACUGGCCUUCCUGAGUCUGUUCAAGUUCAUCCCGAAGUACCUCCAGUGGUUCUUCCUCAAGGACAACUCGGCGGUGAUAAAGGAGUAUCUGAGCAAGUUCUCGCAACUGACCGCCUUCCAUGAGCCGCUCCUGGCCCAGCACCUGGCCAGCAUAAGCUUCAUUCCAGAGCUCUUUGCCAUUCCCUGGUUCCUCACCAUGUUCUCACACGUGUUCCCGCUGCACAAGAUCCUGCAUCUGUGGGACAAGCUGAUGCUGGGCGACAGCUCCUAUCCGCUGUUCAUCGGGAUUGCGAUUCUCCGCCAGCUUCGGAGUACCCUGCUCUCGUCCGGCUUCAAUGAGUGCAUACUGCUCUUCUCCGAUCUGCCGGACAUUGUGAUGGAAGGUUGUGUCCUGGAGUCCCAGAAGAUGUACGAGGCGACUCCGAAGAGUAUAACGCACCGUCAGCAUGCCCUCCGCCUCCACACAGUCCAUGAUUUGGACAUCGGCGUUGAUGACGUGGAACUGAAGCACUUGCAGCAGGAGCAGUGCCCUCGGAUCAGUGCCAAGGAUGUGCUCCACUUGCUGCUUAAUAAUCCCUCGGAACUGGCGCUGGUGGAUCUGCGCAGCAUCGUGGAGUAUGGGAGGGUGCAUGUGCCGCACAGCAUCAACAUUCCGUUCGCCACCGUACAGCUGGGGGAGCAGCGACUGGAGGCGCUGCCGGUGCCACAGCUGGAGGCGCAACUGAGGGGCAGGAUAGUGGUGUGUGUGUCCAACAUCCAUCAGCAUUCCGUGGAGUUUUCUCACUUCUUGGUGGCUUGCGGCAUUCCACGCACCUGCAUCCUUCACAAGGGAUUCAAUGUCCUGCACUCCAUCGAGCCGAACAUCCUCAUCUCGAAUUAGUCUUUAAGUUCAAUGUGAAUCGAUCUUUUUGUUCAAAUAGAUUAUUUAAAAAAAUAUUAUAUAUAUAUAUCUUAUAUAACAGAAAGAAUAAUUUUCCAUUAAAAAAUUGCUUUAAAAAAACUGUUUUAUUUCUGCCUUAACUUGUUUCCUUUUUCUUUAGAUUUUCGUUUGUAUAAUGAUUUAUUUUGUAUUAAAAAAAAAAAAAUAAAAACACUUAAACUAAUUACUUAAACUUAAAUAUUUAUACCAAAUUGUAAUCGAAUUGUUUGUUUCUUUCCAUCUCUAUUCAUAAUUUUACUUUAAAUUGUAGGUAAUUGGUUUUAAUUUUAUUUUCUUCUUUACUUUUUUUUUUUUUUUUUUGUAAAUUUUUUAAUUUUAUUUUUUACCUUUCGCUGUGUGCCAUUGCAUUAAAAUUGUUAAUUCGAUUUAAGUUACAUCCUCCUCUUCCUACUCCUCUUUUUCUCUCAGUUAUAUAAUCUUUAUAUAUAUUAAGAAUUUAUGCAAAUGUGGGUGUGUUUUUUCUCUAUGUGCAUUAUCGAUCUGUUCUUGUGUCUGUUUCUGAUCAUCUGGUGCUUGUUUUUUAGUUAAAAAAUGGGCCAUUUUGGUUUGUCUAUUGCUCUGGGGUGGAAGGACAGGGGCUAAUAGGUCACAGCUGGCUACUAGGGGCUAUAAUGGGUUAAAGACUGACACCAAACCGAACCAGCAGCUUGCCGCCGACUCUCAAUACGGGAAAGUUACUUUAAAAAUGGACAAAUUUUGAAUGAAAACUCAAACAUCUGCAGAUAAGCUGGCUCUUUUUUUUUUUUUUUUACUAAU